AUGGGAAAGCCUUUGAUUGAUUUCUUUGGGGCUAUUGAUAAUGGGGUGGAUGGCCUUAAUGAGUCUGUGGCUAGUUUCAUUAAUCAUGGUUCCUGGGAGCUACCACAAUUACUUCAAAUUCACUAUCCUGCAUUGUGUGAGUUGAUUAGUAAGGUUCCUAUUGCUACUAAUCCUACACUUGAUGAUACAUUGAUAUGGUCACCAUCUUCUUCAGGUGAGCUUACUGCUAAAUUAGCAUUUCAAUUUUUACGCCAACCACUUCCUUCAAUGGAUUGGGGUAAAUGCAUUUGGUCGAAGUACAUUACGCCUCGUAUAUCAUUGUUGACAUGGAAGGUGUUAAGGGGUAGGGUGCUUACUGAUGAUUUUUUGCUCGUUGGCUGGAGUCUCUUUGGCUUCUCGUUGUGGUCUUUGAUCUCUUAA